GUGGUGCAACACCGUGGCGUUGUAGUAAGAUAUUUGUAAACUAUCAAGUUAUCAUGAUAUGCUCAUAACUUUAAACUGCCAGAAGUCAAUAUCUUAUAUUUGACAGGUCUACAAAAUUGUUUUUAGCCUAAUAUUAGCCUAAUAUGUAAUUUUUAUGAUUAACAGAUUAAUAUCUUUGGAAUCUGCGUAAUUUUUUGUCCUCAGUAUUAUGUGUCUUCUUUUUACACGUACCUAUUAAUGAAAAUUAUGGGAACUAUUUGUUCAUAUGUAAGACACCAUAUCAUACUUUAAUAAAUACUACAAACUGACAAAUAUUGAAAAUAAAAAUACUUCUUUCCAAACUCAGUGAAUGAUGGAAUGAACUUGAGAGAAAGUGAAAGUAGAACUUUCGUGGAAAUCUGUCGUCGUGUGCACGUCAGCUUUAUUUUUUGAAAACUUCCCAAAUUGUACUUUCGUUUUGUGCUACCUUUCACCACGAGGCGUUUUUAUGCAGUAUAUGGACGGAUAUUUCCUAUAUUAAAGCAGAAGAACUUGAGAAUUGUUGCCAUGGCUGAUUAUGCUGAUUCAACUUCUAAAGACAGGGGAAGAAGACCUGAUCCCAGAGAUGAAGAUCACACUAGAGACCCUAGUCCAGACCGCGCUGAAACCCCAGAGCAGAGGGGACGGAAGUCAAGAGAUAACCAGGAGGACCAUGAAAGAGAAUUCAGUCAUAAAGAGUUAGCCCAAAGGGAGGAUCAUAAAGGACAAAACUGGGGAAAUAACCAAAGGUGGCAAGGUCAAGACAGGAGAGGGUAUGGAAGAGGACGUGAGCAAUAUUAUGAUCAGAACAGCCAGUAUUACCCACGAGGGAGGGGCCACCAUCCUCAACAGGGUAGAGGCCGGGGUUAUCAAGGAGGAUGGGGCCAGAAUAACCAACAGGAAAGGAGCUGGAAUUCUCAAGGAGGGUGGGGCCAGAAUAAUCAACAGGAAUGGCAGGGUGACAGGUCCCAUGGUAGAGGAGGUCAAGGUCACAGAGAGCACUACAACCAUAAAGAUCGCCAGCAGGGACGUUAUGACAGAUAUCAAAGUGAGAACGGAGAAGGGAGACAAGACGGCUAUGGAAGCCAUGGAGGCCGUAGAAGGAGAUGGGAUAAUGGAGGAAACAGACAAAAUCAGAGAAAUUAUCAUGGUUCAUCUCAAGGUCCGUCACCGAGUAAAAGGGGCCGAUAUAUGUCUGAUUUUGACAGACAUUAUCAAAAGAGGCAAAAUCGUUUUUAUUACAAGGAUGAAGACCCAGUGGUUUUUCUGUCCAAAAAAUUGUCAUUUAUACUUAGGCACGGAGCUGAGAAAAUGGGAUUCAAAAUGAUGCCAGGAGGAUUCCUAUGGGUGGAUGAAAUUCUUCGCCGGAAUGAAUAUAGAGAUUUUACUGUAGAGGACAUCAAACACAUAGUUGAAACAAAUGAUAAGCAGAGAUUUAGUCUAGCUGAUGAAAAUGGACGUCUCAAAAUCAGGGCAAACCAGGGCCACUCUGUAGAGGUGGAUGGUCUGGAGCUGACCCCCAUCACAGAUCCUAGCGAGGCCCCAGAAGUCAUUCAUGGAACUUAUCUCAAGUCCUGGGACAUCAUCAAGAAUCAGGGUCUAAACAAGAUGGGCAGAAACCACAUACACUUUGCUGCAGGAGAGCCAGGAGAAAAUGGUGUCAUAAGUGGAAUGAGGAGUAGCUGUGAGGUCAUCAUCAAGCUGAAUAUGGAGAAGGCCUUAAAGGAUGGUUUGAAGUUUUUUCGAUCAGCAAACAAUGUCAUCCUGUCUCCAGGAGAUGCUGAUGGGUUUAUCAGACCGUGCUACUUUGAUUCAGCAUUUCAAAGAUACCCUAGGGGGAUACUGCCUUUCAACAGUGAGAUCAAAGAAGGACCCACCAUCCCAGGGCUUUCUGGAGAUUUGGGGAAAGCAAAAAAGAAGAAGAAACAAAAGAAGCAUAAAGAAGAACGAGAAGGAGAAAAAGUUAAGAAAGAAAAGAGUGAAACAGGGGAACAGGAGGUUAACAUGGAGGGAGCUACAUCUAUGUUUUCUGAAGAAUCAACUGAAGGGGCAGAUCAGGAGACAGAAAAAACAGCCCCUCAAGUAUCAGAAGAGAGACUGUCCUCUGAUUGUGGGACUCAAGACAGACCCAGUAUCCCAGGGCUCUCUGGAGAUAUGGCUAACCAGGACAAGAAGAAUAAAAAGAAAAACAAAGAAAACAAAAACUCUGAGGAAGCUAGUAAAGAGGCAACAAACAUGGCAGCCACACAGACUCAAGAAAAUGUUCCUGAAUCUUGGGAUGGGAACACAGAAGGUGAUAAAAGUAAUAAUGCUGCAAAUUCAGCUCCAGAGAAGUUGCUGGAAUUUACUUUUGUGGAGGAUGAAUAUUGCUGCAGAAGUGCUGUGGAAGAAUUGAAGUCAACAGGGCCAGUCUUUGUGUACUGUCAUUUAAAAGGAGAGGAAGUGACAUAUGUUGUCUGUGUCUCAAAAACCAGAGCAUUCAACUUUAAAACAAAGCUGUUAGCAAAAGGAGAUCUGAAUGAUUAUUUGAAUACUAAAAGCCCUGAAGCUAAGAUAUACAACAGUAUUGCUGACACAUCCAAGGUGUUGUUUGACAACUACAGUGUAAUUUUAGAUGGCACAAAUCCAUAUGACAAUAUGGUUGCCCUUGAUUUUGUGGAUGGAAUGGGACUUGGUGACAAAAAUGAACUUCCACAAGGAUUUGACCCCAAGGCCUGGGGGAGCCUCGCUGUGGGGCCUGAACUCAUGGAGAAGUGCCAGGUGUCCCUGGAGGCCUACAAGAUUCUGUCAAGAUGGACUGAUCCAGAGAAGAAAUUCAAGAAAUCUUUAUUUGAUGAAGUUAACAAAAAAAUUGGUGCUCAGAGAGUUAAAGAGGAAAAGGAUAAAAGGAAGGGAAAAGGAAAUCAAAAACCAGCUGCAGCAGAACCUAGUGUUCCACCGGAUAAUAAAAGCAAGAACAAGAAAAAGAAAAACAAGAAGUGAUGAGUUACUAAUAGUGAAUUGUGAUACAUUUAGAUCUACAUGACAGGAGGACAGGUUGUAGAUUAGAAUUGAUGCUUUAAGGGGGUAUGGGACACCUGUCAAUAUUAAUGUGGAUAAAAACACAUUACCUGUAUAAUCCAAAUACUUCCACCACUUUAAAAAAAAAUUUAAUUUUGCAAUACAUGACCAAAAAAAAUGUUUUAAAAAUUUUUUGGAAAGGUAAAAUUUAUAAAAGCCUCAGCAGGAUUUGAACUCAUGACUUUCAGAUUUAUAGUCAAUGCUUCAACCCAUUAUGCUACACCAUUAGGUAACAAUUUUGGGGAAAAAAUGUUCAUAAAAUGCUUGAUUUUAUUGUUUAUUUUGAUUGGAAGUACAUCACAAUUAGGAGGUGUCCCAUGCCACCUUAAAUUCAACUGGAAAAUUAAAGGAUUUCAUCCAUGAAAUUUGUAAUAGUUUGUAUUUACUGUUGAUGAUAGAAUCUAGAUUUAAGGUUCAGUGUUCUUCUGUUCAUUAAAAAUUUGUCUUGUAAAAUAAUUUCACUUAUAAUUUAAAAACAUACAUCAAAUUCAGCACACUGUACAGGACAUCAUCUUGUCUUAUAAUUUUACAAUUUGAAAAAUGAAUUGUAGUCAUUCAUCCCAAUCAGUAUUUUAACCAAGGACAAGUGAACAGUGAUAUAAAAAUUACACAUGUAAAAUCAACCAGUGUGUGUUUUGAUACUGAGCAUAUCAUUUGUACAGCAAGCAUAUUGACUGUAUACUAGCAGUAGUUCUUUGUGUGAUGGAAUCUGUUGCUGUCAGCUACAAUAUGUGCCAUAAGCAGAAAAAGUUGACAUUGUUGAACUAUAUAUAUUUCAGCCUUGACCUUGGCUACUCAAAAUUUUGUUAUGCUCCAUAACUUUUGAGGAAGUGGGUUGAAUAAGGUGUCUAUCAAAUGUCUCAUUUUGUUUAUAUAUACACAUCAAAAUGAUGAUCUGUGCACUUAUAAAUUGGAGUAUACUUAUACCCGGUACAUGUCAAAUAUCAUUGUUUCAUAAAUAAUAAUAAGAAACAACUCUCCAUAUGAGAAUUUCAAAUUGAUUUCAUUUUGUUCAUGCCAGGUAAUUGUUAUGAAAUGAAAUUUUAUCUUUAAUAAAUAUUUAAUAUUGACUGAUAUAUAUGAGAUUAUUUUCAAAAUAGGUGGAAUGUAAGGAGACAUGUAGUUUUCAAUUCUGUUGAAUUCAAUUGUAGUUACGCACAUCAAACAUUCAAAAGGGAUGGUGUGGUAGAGAAUUUAAAAUAAUGUAGAUAAUUUGCUAUUACAGGGUAACUAAGAGAAAAUGUAUAAUUUUAGAAAUCAACAAGUCUAUGCUAUGUAUAUAUCUCUUUUAGAUUACUAGUAAUGUUGCUUUCAAAUGCAUUUUCCCUGAUACACUAUUUUUAUGUACCGUAGAUCAAUUUUGUGAAUGCAGAUAGUAUAUUUACAAGUUGUUUGACAACAUAAAACACUCUUUAGGAGAGUGAGAUGACUUUUGCCUGUGACUGUUUUUUGUUCUGUCAUUAUUUAAACUUGUCUCCUUUUGUUGGUUGUGUUAGUUUUUGGUUAGUUUUAGUUAAUUAUGAUAUGAUCGGCCAUUGUUAGAACUGUUGAUUAGAUGUGCCCUAACAGUGAAAAAAGUGUUAGAAAAUUACACAUUAAACAAACAUGCAAUUCUUA